AUGACUAAGAAGACGUUCAUCUACCACUUUAAGAACGUGAGGUGGGCGAAGGGUCGACACGAGACUUACAUGUGCUACAUUGUGAAGAGGAGGGACAGCGCCACCUCCAGCUCGCUCGACUUUGGCUUCCUCAGGAACAAGCCGGGUCUCCACGCCGAGAUGGUCUUCCUGCACUAUCUGAGGGGCUGGGACCUCAACCCCGAGCGCACCUACCGGCUGACCUGGUUCAGCUCCUGGAGCCCCUGCUAUGAGUGCGCCCUGCGGGUGGUGGAGUUCUUGCGGGCCUGGCCCAACCUGCGCCUCCGGCUCUUCGUGGCCCGACUCUACUACUGCGGCGACCUGACCCUCCAGCCCGAGGGUCUCCGCCGGCUCAGCAAGGCCGGGGUCGGCCUGGGGGUCAUGACCUACAAAG